GUGCAUUUGACCACAUCAUAGUGACCACAAAAGAUGGAAAAUUUCCAUUAAAUCAACUGGGACAAAUCUCACUGAAAUCCCCACAACUCUUCAUCAUUAACAUAGCAAGCUUCCCUGAGAGUGCAGCUGCUGCUCUUGAAGCGCUAAGGGAAAGUCGUAUGAAUUUGAACCCGGAGUUGGAUGGGACAGUAAUCAGAGUGCCAGUUCCACAGGUAACUCGUGAGCAUAGAGAGAACCUAACAAAGCUGGCAAAGCAAUUAACCAACAAAGCGAAGGAUUCUCUGCGCAAAGUCCGUGCGACAGCAUUACAGGGGAUCAAGAAAUCUAAAGGCGAAGUGUCUGAGGAUACAAUAAAGUUACUAGAGAAACAGAUCCAACAGAUGACUGAUACCGUGACAUUAGAACUGGAUAAACAGUUGACAAUAAAGACAAAGGAACUUUUGGAUUAAAUGAUUUGUAUAGGACAAUAAGGGGAGGAUUUCAUUAGCCCUGUAAUUUUAAUCCCAUAAAACGUGUGCGCCCAUCUACGUGAAGUUAUGGGAAUUUAUAAUUAAAAUUACUUCAUACAGAGAAUCUUGGAACAAUUGUUUUUUAAACUGACCAGAGCCAAAAAAGACACUUUUUCUGCAGCUUCCCAACUUGCUGAUACACAAACCCAAGUACAUUUUUGAUAUCUUUGCUGCUUAUAUAAAUUUGUAUGCUAAUUAAAUGUUGUUUAUUACAAAAAAUAAAUCCAUCAAAAGGAAA